CCACUAUAACCAAAGAGACUGAGUUGGAAUUUAGAAGUACCAAAUCGUAGAAAAUAAUAAUUAUGAGAGCUAAUUGAGCCAUAUGAGUGAAUUGGGUGCUCAGUUUUGUAUUUACUAUUUACCACUGGUCCACUGCAUGAUGGAGAGCAGAGCCAGCCCCCUUGUCUUCUUCCUUUUCCCUUCAGACUACACCUCUUUUCUUCCCCCUCUGUAAGUUUUGAAACUUGUUUGUCAUGCAAACCGCUUCCUCGCCAUCUCACCUCUCUACGUGUCACUCUCCCCUCCUUCACUCACUGUAUAACUCCCCCACCACCCCUACUCCCUCUCACCGAUUCCUCUCAUCAUUCAUCUAAAAACCUUCCAAAGCUCUUUAUUCUUCUUGUAAAGGCUCAAGCUUUAUACCCGCAAAAGAAAAAUGGCGACAAUGGGGGAUCGUGGACAGCAGCACCGCUUCGAUGCUUAUGGUGGUGGAGGCCGUUAUGGAGGCGGCCUCAAGGGCGACCCACACCAGAGAACAGGGCCUUCCCCUUCAAAGGUGCUUGCAGUCGUCACCAUGCUCCCCGUUGGCGGCACUCUCCUGGCGCUGGCCGGGAUAAUCCUCGUCGGGACUCUCAUCGGAUUGGCUGUCGCCACUCCCGUGUUCAUCAUCUGCAGCCCUGUGAUCGUCCCUGCUGCUCUGCUCGUUGCGUUUGCCGUCACCGCUUUCUUGACCUCGGGGCUUGCUGGGGCCACGGGGCUGACUGCGUUGUCGUGGUUUGCUAUGUACCUACGGCAAGCUGUGCGUGCUAUUGCUCCUAAUGCAAGCCAGGCUGUGCCCGAGACUAUGGAGCAGGCCAAGAGGCGCAUGCAGGAUGCUGCUGGGUAUGCCGGGCAGAAGACCAAGGAGGUCGGGCAGGAGAUCCAGAGGAAAGCUCAGGAGACGAAAUGAAGGAACGACGAAGAAGAUCCGAGAUGGGAUGCUGCUUCGAAUUCCGGAGUUGGGUUUAUUUUGCGUGUAGUUUGAUGAGUAUUUUAAGGUCUUUUCUCGCUUUCUUCCUUUCUUUCUGGGUUGUGAAUGUAAGCAAGCAACAUUUGGUGGUUUAGUUUUUUUUUUUUCUGAAUCGCUCUGUUUUCCUCCUUCCUACUGUUCGACUCUGUUUCCUCUGUUUCCGUUUAGUUGGUGAUGAAACCGAACUAUUACAACAACUCU